UUUGCUAGUAUAUCUUUAGAACAGUUACAAGAUGGCGUUAUCAAAUCUGUUUCUUAUAGUUUUGUUGGGCCUUUCCAGCUGCAUGCGUGUCAAGGCUUCUUGUGCUCGGCCAGACUGCAAUGAGAACGUACCCAGCGAUAAUCCACUCUCUUACCAGUUAGCCGACCCGGAAAACUGUCACAAAUUCUACUACUGCUUCGACGACAACAGCGACAAUAUUUACAACAUCACCGACACUUCCUACUGGUGCGAGGACCACGGCGCCGUCUUCAGCCAGGGAGACCAGCUUUGCGGUAACUACACGUGCGUCGAGUCGUGUUCUGGCACAUGCGCGGCGUACGAAUGCAGCUCAGAUCCCUCGCAAGAAAAAAGAUCCGACCCGUUCGAUUGCUCGAUUUACUACACCUGCCCAGACGGUGCAGCGGUGCACUGCGAAGGCGACAAACCCUUCUUCGACGGGGACCAGUGCCAGGAGGACGAGUCCAAAUGCUGCCACUGCAAACCCUACUGCAGGCCGGAGGAUUUGUUCAAGAACGUUCUAGACCCUGUGGACUGCAAGAGCUACUAUUUCUGCGUAAAGAAGUACGACUUCCCCACAUCCCAAGCCACGUGUCCCAGCGGCAAUUUCAACCCGUUUACCCUCAAGUGCGAUGACGCUUUCCCUUGCAUCUCCGCUUGCAAGAACGUCGUGGGCUGUGACGGUUGCAUCGACAUCUUUACGUGCGAGCAAUAUGGCAACUGGCCCAAGUGUCCUCAGCGAUGUGAUCCUCAUUACUACCACUGCGGAUAUGAAGACUUCGGUCACGUGGUGCAGGAAAGCGCGUGCUCAAGUCCAAGUGUCUACAACCCCGAUACUGGGAAGUGUGUUACUGAGGGGGAAUGCGCCUACGACCCUCCCUCACAGUGCUAGUGCAUCGAGUUCCUAUAUUCCAAAUCAAAACGCAAUUCCAGUAAUAUAAAGUAGAACAAUUCUGAAUGAAUUAUUGCUUUCUAAUCUCCUCAUGUAGAAUAAGAGAGAGAGAGAGAGAGAGAGAGAGAGAGAGAGAGAGAGAGAGAGAGAGAGAGAGAGAGAGAGAGAGAGAGAGAGAGAGAGAGAGAGAGAGAGGGAGAGAGAGAGAUGAACAGGCAAAAAGUACUUACUAGGAGAUAUAUUUUUUUUUCCAGAAAUACCAAUAUCUGAAUAACAAUGUUUUCUUUAUUCUAUUUCAUGUAUUCAUCUUUCUUUCUUUCUUUUCUUUUUGUACAAUCUAAGUUGAAGGAUCUUCCGCGAAAGUUUAAUUGCUUUACGUAUCUAAGUGUAAUGUAGUGAUUUUAGCAUUGACAUGUAUUAUGUAGCAAGUUGCACAGACAGACAGGGAAAGUAUCUCAUCUUAGAUAGAUUAUUACCCCUGUAUGCGGAUCUUUCUUUAUUUUCUUUAUCAAUCCUAGAACUACAUUUAAACUGAAUCAGCCCAAUAUACUUAUAUGCACAAAAAUGUGUUCAAAUUAGGUUCUGUCUGUAUGAAGGAGAGCCGUAGAAAAAGACAAAAAGACAAAAAGGCUUGCACUGGCUAUUUGUCGAUUUGCUUCACGUUUAAGGGGUCGUCUAUAUUAGAGUCUGGUAUGGUUGCUUAAUGUACAAUACUACGAUGAUACCUUCCUUUCAUUUUGCAAUACUUCAAUAAAACAUCCUAAAAAUGUA